AACAUUGGUUGGGGGCCAAGAUGAGGAAAAAGAGCCAGGAAGGACAUCCCGCCCUCCUGGGAAGAAGGCCGCGUGAUCAGCCCCAGCCACUGGCAGUCCUGCCGUCCUCUGGGCUUAAAUAAAGGGGCAGUAGGAACCCAAGAGGCCACAGUUCUGACAUACAGGGCUCGGAGCACCGGGCACCCCCGACAUCAUGAGUUGGUCCUCGCACCCCCGGAGUUUAGUCCUCUGGUUCUGCACUCUUUCAUUGCUCUCUUCAACAUGCCUGGCAUAUGUCGCUACCCGGGACAACUGCUGCAUCUUAGAUGAAAGAUUUGGUAGUUACUGCCCGACUACCUGUGGCAUUGCGGAUUUCCUGUCUACUUACCAAAACAGCGUGGACAAGGAUCUGCAGACUUUGGAAGACAUCCUACAUCAAGUUGAGAACAAAACGACAGAGGCCAGAGAGCUGAUCAAAGCCAUCCAAAUCAGCUAUAACCCUGCCGAGCCGUCAAAGCCAAGUAGGAUAGAGAGUGCUACCAAGGAUUUCAAGAAAAUGAUGGAAGAAAUAAUGAAAUACGAGACAUUGAUUUCCACACAUGAAUCAACUAUUCGAUUUUUGCAGGAAAUAUAUAAUUCAAAUAACCAAAAGAUCAUUAACCUGAAACAGAAAGUGGUCCAGCUUGAAGCAAAGUGUCAGGAGCCUUGCCAAGAUACAGUAAAAAUAUAUGAUACAACAGGGAAAGAUUGUCAAGACAUUGCUAAUAAGGGGGCCAGAAACAGCGGGCUUUACUUUAUCAAACCUCUGAAAGCUAAGCAGCAGUUCUUAGUCUACUGUGAAAUUGAUGGAUCUGGAAACGGAUGGACUGUGUUUCAGAAGAGGCUUGAUGGCAGUGAGGAUUUCAAAAGAAAUUGGAUUCAGUAUAAAGAAGGAUUUGGACAUCUGUCUCCUACCGGAAACACAGAAUUCUGGCUGGGUAAUGAGAAGAUUCAUUUGAUAAGCACGCAGUCUACCAUCCCGUAUGUAUUAAGAGUGGAGCUGGAAGACUGGAGCGGCAAAACCAGCACUGCGGACUAUUCCACAUUCAGCGUGGGUCCUGAAAGUGACAAAUACCGCAUGAAGUACGCCUACUUCAUUGGUGGGGAUGCCGGGGAUGCGUUUGAUGGCUUUGAUUUUGGCGAGGAUUCUAGUGACAAGUUUUACACAUCCCACAAUGGCAUGCAGUUCAGCACCUGGGACAACGACAAUGAUAAGUUUGAAGGCAACUGUGCUGAACAGGAUGGGUCUGGUUGGUGGAUGAACAAGUGUCAUGCUGGCCACCUCAACGGCGUUUAUUACCAAGGUGGCACUUACUCCAAAGCAUCUACUCCUAAUGGUUAUGAUAAUGGCAUUAUUUGGGCCACUUGGAAAUCUCGGUGGUACUCCAUGAAGAAAACCACCAUGAAGUUAAUCCCGUAUAACAGAAUCGCCAUCGGAGAAGGGCAGCAGCAUCACCUUGGGGGAUCCAAACAGGCUGGAGACAUAUAAAAGACCAUUUCAAAAGUGAUUUACUUUUUUUAAAGAACUUUAUCUGAACAGAGAAAUAUAGUAUUUUUCCUACGGAACAAUGGACUUGCAAGGCCUCACUUCAUCUUAAGAGUAAAAAGAACCUAUGUUGAAAACUCCACUAAUGGUUUUAUGCUGGCGGUAAUUUAUCUACAUACCAUUUCAAUAAACAUUUUGUUUCCUAAGACCAGA